AUGGCGGCCCUGCAGCAGAUGCCUGAGCCCCCCACCACUGCAGCACAAACCAUAAAGAGAGAAAGCGUAGAUUCUCUUUCUUCUUCUGCUUCUACCACUGGCUCUUCUUUUUCUUUAAUUGAUAGCCAACAACAAACCCAAGCUGCUGCACAUCCUGGCGUUGAUUCUGCUGCUGUUUCUGCUGCUGUUGCUGCUGUCUCUGCUGCUGCUGCUGCUGCUUCUGCUGCUCCCGCUGCUGCUCCUUUGACUGCUGCUGCUGCUCCUACUAAUCCUGCUACUGGUGUGUCUACUGGUGCUGCUGGUUCUGCUGCUGCUGCUGCUGCUGCUGCUGCUGCUGCUGCUGCUGCUGUUGCUGCUGAUGAUGAUGAGGAGCAGGGUUUUGCUGCGUCUUCGUCUUUUUGUUAUUCCAUCGUAGAAAUGAUUUCUUUAGGCUUAGCUGGGUGCCGCGGGGAGAGGGAACAGGCAGCUGCUGCUAGCAGCACACGGGCAGCGUCAGCAGCAGCAGCAGCAGCAGCAGCAACAGCAGAGGAGGAGCAGCAGGAGAAGCAGCAGCAAGAACAGCAGAAGCAGCAGCAGCAGCAGAAACCGCAGCAGCCACAGCAUCCACAACAAAAGCAGCAGCUGCAGGAACAACGACAGCAACAGCAGCAACAACAGCAACAGCAGCGCAUGUUACGCAGGAACAGCAGCAGCAGCAGCAGCAGCAGCAACAGCAGCAGCAGCAGCAGCAGCAGCAGCAGCAACAGCAGCAGCAGCAGCAAUCUGAUUUCUAGGAUGUAUGGAUUUGAACAGCAGCAAAAGGAUAGCCAGGCCUCUGCUGCCUCUUCUUUCUCUCCUUUUUCUUUCUCUUCUCAAUGGCUGUUUGGGUUGGAGUUGAGGUCUCGUCCGCAUUGCUUCGGUGGCGGCAUCAGACGCAAUGGAAAGAAGAGCCAAGAGCAGCAGCUGCAGCAGCAGCAACGAGGCAUCAGACGCAAUGGAAAGAAGAGCCAAGAGCAGCAGCUGCAGCAGCAGCAACGAUAA